AUGCAGAUCCCAACAGUCACCAUAGAAGACCUCCGCGCUUUUCAAGUGCAGCACUUCCCGGGACGUGAAUCACUCGGCGCGUCCGCGACCGAACUUGAAUACGACGAGGACGCCGGCGACGAUGAAGACCUGGGCUACUAUCCCGAUGGGGUGAAACGAACCCUCACUGAUGAACAGAUCCAAAUCUUUAGACAUAGUGAGAUUCACGCAUUGUUGCGCGCAAGACAACUCGAACAAGACGAUGCCGAGUAUGAAGCUCGUCAAACAUCGUCUGCAAAGGACCAUAACCCAGUUGCGGAGCUGAAGCCCCAACAGAAAGGGACUGUCUCUGAAGUGGAGAAGAGCAAGGAAACUACAAAGAAGGAGGAGGAGGACAUUCCUGCUACAAAGAGGUCCAAACGGCCAGCUGAGCAUGACAUGAGCCCAUCAUCAGAGUUCCAACAGCCAUCAUCUAGCAAAAGGCAGCAAGCUCCGAAUCACAAUCCAUACCCUGGGCGGAGAAUCAUUUCAUACGAUGACUGA